AUGGCAGAUAUACCCACCGUUGCUAUUGACAUGGUGGUAUUCGAGGUCAAUACGACCGUUUUGCCAGACGAAUUCAUCGCGCACAGACUUGGAAUGAUCCCUCUCAUCAGCACAAACUGCGACGAAGGCAUGAGAUAUACAAGGGACUGUGAUUGCGAACUAGGAUGCCCUCUCUGCAUGGUCGUAUUAACGCUACACGUACGGUGUGAUAUGCCUGGAACGACCAUGAAUAUCACCAGCGAUCACCUGCAAAUACAAUCCGGCGGAGAUGCUUGGGGAGGAGAGGAACUGACCAAACGAGGAGAAGACUUUGGUCUACCCGUGUCGAAAUCACGAGGUUUCAACGGGCACCCUAUCCUAAUAGCGUCACUACGUAAAGGGCAAGAGUUGAAGAUUAGGUGUGAGGCCAAAAAGGGUAUUGCAAAAGACCAUGCGAAGUGGUCGCCGUGUACUGCACUCGGAUUCGAAUACGACCCGUACAACAAACUUCGGCAUACAACCUACUGGUUUGAGACCGAUAAGCAAGCCGAAUGGCCGCUGAGCGCUAAUGCUGAAGAGGAAGAGCCACCGCGAGAAGACGCACCGUUCGAUUACAACGCUGAACCAAAUAAAUUCUAUUUCAACGUCGAAACAGACGGCAGUUUGACUGCCAAGGAAGUGAUCCUCAAGUCUUUGUCAAAUAUGCAAUCACGGACCGCAACACUUGUAUAUAACAUCAAACAUCAAUCGAGACCAGAUGCCAUGGACACAACAGACGCACCCGCAUUCCCGCCUGCAGGCCAGCGAACCAGCGGCCAAGAUCAGUCUUACACUAAUGCGAGUGGAUGGGGUGCGUCUCCUAAUACCUCUGGUGCGAAUAUGGGUUGGGCAUCUCCAAAUGCGACCGCUCAGGGAGGCUGGUCGUUGUGA